GACACAAAAAACACGCAUGCCCGUAGUGUAGCAUAAAUUUCAGGGGUAAUAAAAUCGAGCAGUUGCAGAAAAUGCAUUUUACCGCAAAAAACGACAAAAAAUCAACCAGAACUGCAAAAUCAUAGCGCCAAAAUGAGAGCUCUAGUGGUAUCCAUAUGGGUUUUUAUCAAUUUGGUGUUUUUCGGUAUGUGUGGAUACAUGUAUCUGCUGUGGUCGCAGUACUGGAUGUUCAUGGAGCGGCAAACCGGAACAACAACUUCCACCUACGACCAGCAAAUUUACUACUACAACCGGGGGUUUCUACCAAAUGAUAACAAAACCCAUAACGAAACCAAGCUUAGAAUCAAGCACAGCCUUAAAGAUAACGUCACAGUAACUUUAAUUAAAAACAGUAAGCCCAGAUUCCCCAAUUUGCAAGGCAGGGAGUUCGAAUUAGACACGAAAAAAUAUAUUUGUUUAAAAAAUGAUAGUUUUAAAAACUGUUCGAGCAAAUCGUUAGAGUUUAAGGAAAAAAUCCUGAAGGAGUUGCGCCGCGUCCUGGAGGACGAGGGCAACGUUCUUAAAAUAGGCGCAGAGAACCCCUACAACGUGCAAUAUGAAGGCACCAAAGGCAACUUCUAUGACAAAACGCCCAAGGAAAUAAUGUGCGAACUGGAGAAAAUUCAAGUAAAAACGUUGAAACGCGGCGACGUGGCCGGGGGUCCCCACAACCUGGGCGAUUUCCUCCCCAAAAGGGGGCUGUUCGAGAACCGCAACUUCAACUCUUGUGCGAUUGUUGCGAGCUCCGGCGCGCUCAAAGACUCAAAUUUGGGCAAGAAAAUCGACGCUCAUGAUUUGGUUUUGCGCUUCAAUCACGCGCCGACCAAAGGCUUCGAACCAGAUGUAGGCAGAAAGACAACAAUCCGCGUGUUGAACUCGCAAGUUGUUACCAGGAAAGAAUUCAAUUUCCUCGAAUCCGAUAUUUAUAAAAAUGUAACGAUUGUCGCGUGGGAUCCGAGUAAUUAUAAAGCGUCUCUUGAUGACUGGCUUGAAAAACCGGAAUUUAAUUUGUUCCCGACCUAUGUUGAAUACAAAAAGCGGAAUGAUAAAGCCCGAUUUUUCCUAAUAAAUCCGCAAAGUCUGUGGGAGUUGUGGGAUUUUCUCCAGGAUAACUCACCGAGCAGACUUAGGAGAAAUCCACUAUCGUCGGGGUUUUUGGGUUUGGGUAUUUUGCUUCCUCUGUGCAAUUUCAUCGAUGUUUUUGAGUAUGUCCCUUCAACCAGGGUCACUAAACGCUGCCACUAUUACGAUCCUGAAGAUAAUCCAGCUUGUACUUUCGGAGUUUGGCAUCCAUUAGCAGCCGAAAAACUUCUUACUUAUUACAUUAAUACGAUCGAUGAUCGGACAGUGUUUCAAGAUGGUUAUGUUCGAAUCUUGGGUUUCAAAAAUUUUAAAUGUUGAGUUUUGAGAAAUUUUGGAGUGAAUUUUUAGACGUCAAUUAAUUCGUAAGAUGAUGAGUCAUAGAUUUUGUCGGUUGAUUUCCGCUUUUGCAUAUUAUUGUGUGAGUGUAAGCGGUUUUGCGGUGAAUUAAGAACACCCAUCGUCUGAACACUGUUUCCGGAAUUUCAAACUUUUGUUCUUCCCUAUUUAUUUCAUGCUUAAAUUUGAUUCGGACUAAUUUUAGUCUGAAAAAAUCUUGUGAUAUUCUAAAAAUAGAGACAACUUUAAAUCUGAAAUAAAAUUGUUUCAGUAGUGUUUAAUUAAAAUAAAUACAAACUGUACUAAUUUGUUUAAUGUAGCUCAAAUUAUGAAAAUAAAAUAUGGCAUGAA